CUGGUAGACGUGAAAAUUAUAUCGGUUUGUUUGCUGUAUUUUCGCUUUUAAAAUUGUACUGUACGUUAAAUGAUUUUCAGAGCAGUACAAAAUCUUGAAUAAUUAUAUUGAAAUUCAUUUAUUUGGUUGAGCUUAUGUAAUAAUGUUGAUUCUAUAAUAAGUUUCCAUUAACGAAUGACUAGCAAUGUAAGAGUUUUACGAAUUUAUUCUGGUGUUAAGGCAUAAAUUAAAUAUUUAUGAUGGAAAGCAGUACGACUUCAAGCAGUGUUGCACUCUCCGGCUCUCGUCAAGAUGGCCACAGAAGAAGUGCUAAAUGUUGCACAAAAUUCGUCUCACUUUUGUGCUCAAACCUCGGAGUUUGUUUUCUUGUGUUGGUUUACACAGCGUUAGGCGCAAUCUUAUUCACAUCAUUAGAGGGCCAAAAUAUGUCACAUCACCGCACUCUCCCGGUCGAACAUUCAACACCAGACACUAACAACCCUUUAGAUUCACAAAAUUCAAACACCCCGAUCUCCCAAUCAUCAGAAACUCAACACAUUCCUCCUCAUGAAGCUGACCAACCCCAAGAAAACAUCCGAAAAUCAAACCAAGUUUCACCAGAAACACAAGCGGAAGUCGCAGCUGUAAUCUCAGGCGGUGAAUUUGACACUCAGAUCCUGCGGCACCAAACUGUGGAGCGUUUAUGGAGCAUCACGGAAUCUCUAAACAUUUUGUACCGGGAGAACUGGACCCGGGUCGUGGAGAAGGAGUUACGUAGGUACAGUGAAGAGCUUUUAACAUCGCUUAUCAGACAACACAAUCUUGCCGACGAGGCUGCGGCGUCACGCAAACGACAUCAGGACGACAGCCAGCCGCCCCACCUCGAGCAGUGGACCUUCGCGGGGUCAUUCCUGUACAGCCUUACUGUCAUCACCACCAUAGGCUACGGGGCAGUUGCCCCCCAGACGGCCGUGGGGAGGGUUGCGUCCAUCAUCUACGCUCUGCUGGGCAUCCCGCUCAUGCUGCUCUACCUGUCGUCCGUCGGUGACUUGCUGUCGCGGUGUCUGAAGUUCUUAUGGUCGCGCGUUUGUCGCUGUCGUUCCUCCAAACCCAGGGCCAAACUAGCGACCAAUCAACCCCCCGUGGGCCUCAGCGCCCCCUACUCCAGUGUACAGGGGGGCUACAAGGUAACGCCUCCCGUGGGGCUCAGCGCCCCCUACUCCAGUGUACAGGGAGGAUACAAGAAUGGAGGUUGUCCGCCUGACUGCAACAACCCAGAACAUGUCCCCAUCCCGGUCACCUUAUGCUUCGUGAUCAUGAUCAUUUACAUCUGCGGCGGUGCUGCAAUUUUUGCACGUACACAAAAUUGGUCAUACCUGAACUCCCUCUACUUCUGCUUCGGUGCCCUUACGACCAUUGGUUUUGGGGACCUAAUGCCAACCAAAAACCCUCAAGACAGCGCUGAUGCCCAACUACAACUCAUCGGGGUUUCGAUCUACCUUCUCAUUGGCAUGGCAUUGAUCGCUACCUGUUUCAACCUCAUGCAGGAACAGGUUACUAGUCGCGGUGGUAACUCAGUUAUCACCAGAAAACUCAGUGGUUUGGUCACUUCUCAAGCUCCUCACCAUCGCUUCCACCUAGACGACACCUGACAUUUAGAGACGAUGGCGUUGUUUACAUACAGUGGUGGCAUGAACCCUGUCGGAUGUCCCCACAUGGCGCCUCCUAAAAGAUUACCUAACAGCCCCAGCAAGCUUUCACUGAACAGUCCUCCAGAUUGGGGAACUAAUUGCAUGACAACUGAUCAGAAUUUUCAGUCAAUACGGAAAGAGAACCACACGCUGAAGCCAGUAGCACCUCCCAAAGUUCCUUCAGCGACUUCAUCACUAACGAGACCCAAGAAGACCGUUACUAUUUGCGACACUGCACAUAUUGCGCCCAUGUGCACCUCUUCACCCUCCCCGGAAUGAAUUCGAUCUGUUUUGCUAUAAAUGAAAUUUGAUCUUCACUUCCAUGCAUUUGGCAACAUGUGCCAAAGGGUUGAACCUGAAAUAUCACAGUGAUAAAUUGAUUUAGAUGUAAACCUAGACUGACCAAGAUUAAUUUAAAAUUUAAUUGUGACUCAUAUAUAAAUAGUAAAUAUCAGGAGUGAAUUAACAAAAAAACGAUAUUCAUUUAAUGGCGUUGUAAACUUCGAUUUAGUGCAGAGUUUUCAAAAUACAAACAAGUUGUUACCACACGAAAAUCCGAAGCCUAUUUUCCUUAGUAAAAUUUCUGGUAAAUGUCUAUUUAUACUGUAUUUCAGAUAGAACUUUGAAUUUUAGCAAAUCUUUUCAAUAGGAAGUAGCUCGUGGAUGUUAUAUUUUAAACGGAACAGCUUACUGAAAACCUUUCUAACUGUCACUCUAUUUUUUUAAGUCCAGUUAAAUUAAGUCAGUUUGCCUAAAAAACAAUGAAUAAAAUGAUAAUUUUAAUUUUCUUCUGAUCAAACAGGAAUUAAAGGGAACUUUUUGAUUUUGUAACUUAACCUGCUUUGAA